ACACUCGACACUACAACGAAUAGCUGCAUAGCCAUGUUACGAUUCUCUAGCUUCGUCUGAAGAAUACUGCAUACUUACAUGACCACGAUUAAACGUAAUGAAGCUCAACAAUGCUCCCAUCAUCCUGAGUCUUGCCGGUCAACUCGACUCUCAGGUUGUUAUACAAACGCCAGUACCACGACAGCGUGAUUUGACUGGACCAUGCCUACCCUCUCGAUUACCUUCUACUGGAUUUCUGGAACGUGAGGCCCAGCAAGAUGCUCCCAAAGCGGUGUUAAGGCAACUGCGGCGGAGCCCAACUCCUCCUCAAAGCCCCACAGCAGAGGAUGAAGUCACUCCUCCUAGUCCUAAGCAGAACGAUUCAGCCUCUUCUCCGCCCUCCGCUUCUCCCACACAGUCCACUUUUCGCUUCAACUUUCCCUUCAAAUCCGCCAAACCACAGGGGGCAUGGAAAGAACCUCAGCCUUUCGAGAUUUUUCGAGCUGUGGAGCAGAAGGACAUCAUGUUUCUGAUGGAGGUUCGAGAUCGAGCAUUUCAGCUAUUGGUUAGGAAAACUGGAGACGCAACUCCUCUACUUCAUGCCAUGCGAAUAGGGCAGUCACAUCGCGAUGUGGCUAUCAUAUUGUUAGGAGCCUUUUCACGUUGGAUAAACCAUUUGGAAGAUAGCGAAAUACCGCUACCCCGAACAAAAGCUAUCUUGAAGGCCCUUCGUACCAACCUCAAGCUAGCUAUCGACUACGGUCUUCAGAAAUCCCAGAGUGAUCUCGCGGCAUCCUUUUUGCAGACAUUAAUCAUGAGCGAAGGUGAUAAAUGGGUGUGGGCUCAAUCUUCAAGUGUCAGUCUUGCUUUACGUGCGGGCACUGCCGGAAAGCCCGUUAGUACUGCGGAAUUAGCUGUUCGCAAAUUUGCUACUAAGGAGCUGGGGAAAGCAGAUGCGAUUGCAGCCCUCGAAGACUAUGUUGCAAACGCCACUGCUGAUCUGUUGAUGUUGGGCGCGUGGUCGAUGGCUCUCCAAAGCAUAGAAGGCGAAUCGAUACCUUCAUACUAUUUUGCUCGCGAUGAUCGGAUAUACAAAGCAUUCGUUGAACGCCUUGAAAGCCACAAAAGUGCCAUUCAUAAAUCUCUAAGCAAGCGGCUAAAGUGGCAACUGAGGGUUCUUCAAAGAGUCCUAGAAGGCAGGACUACUACCUAUCGUAGCAAAGUGGAGUUGCUGGUUGGUGAGUUGGAUGAAGGCGAGGGGGUGUGAGAUGUAGGCUAUCAUUCAGACAUCUGUAUCAUUAUUGCCUUGAGCACAACUUAUAUUAUUGUCUUUUCGCAGAUUCC